UCCAGAAUUUCUCCUCUGAGUUGACUCUGCCAAGUCUGGACAGAAGCCUGUGCCUGUGAGCAUCUAGAGCCACAUCGCUUCAGGGGUGAAUCCCAGCAUUUCUAUCUCUACUUGCCAUUGAGAGUGACUGGGCUGUUUGCAAGCCCUUGCAGAUUUGGGAUCACAUGCUACUGUGGACAGCUGUGUUAUUCCUGGCUCUAGUAGCCGGCACACCUGAUCUCCCCAAGGCUGUGAUGAGACUUGAACCCCCAUGGAUCCAAGUGCUCCAGGAAGACAAUGUGACACUAACCUGCCAGGGGUCCCACAACCCUGGGAACCACUCCACACAAUGGUUCCACAAUGGGAAAUCCAUCCCAGCCCAGGUCCAGCCCAACUACAACUUUAAAGCCAAGAGAAAUGACAGUGGGGAGUACAGGUGCCAGAUGAGCCAGACCAGCCUCAGUGACCCUGUGCAUCUGGUUGUGAUAGCCGACUGGCUGCUGCUUCAGACCCCUCAACUGGUGUUCCAGGAGGGGGACACCAUUGUGAUGAGGUGCCACAGCUGGAAAGACAGCUUUCUGAACAAGAUCACUUUCUACCAGAAUGGGACAUCCAAGAAGUUCUCCCAUUUCAGUGGCAACUUCUCCAUCCCCAAUGCCAAUCUUAGUCACAGUGGUGAUUACUACUGCACAGGAAAUAUAGGAAGGAUGUCCUAUUCAUCCAAGUCUGUGGCCAUCACUGUCCAAAGGCCUGAGUCAAGUGACUCAGUGGUGAUGGUGAUUGUGGCUGUGGUCACUGGGAUUGUUGUAGCAGUCAUUGUUGUUGCCAUAGCAAUUUUGAGCUACCUCAAGCGAAAACAGAAAGCAGUUCUCUCAGGAAGUAUUGAGCACAGGGAAAUGGGAGAGACCCUCCCUGAGGAACCAGUCAAUCCCAUUGAUUGUGAGGAAACUUCCAAAAGAGAGAAUGGAAAUUCCAUCACCUAUUCACUCCUCAAGCACCCGGAAGCUCCAGAGGAAGGAACAGAGCCUGCUUAUGAGAACCACAAUUAGUCUCUCUCUCUCUCUCCCCUCUAUCCCUUUCUGCCCCUUUCUCUUUCUCUCCCUCUCUCUCUCCCACUCUCUCGCUCUCGCUUUUACACUAGCUUUUGCUCUCUCACUCUUUCUCUCUUUCUGUCUCUAAGAAAAUCAAUGAGGUGAGGGUCAAAUGUCUUCUGUCAUCAACUGUCCUUGGAGCAGUCAAGUGGAUGCUGCAGUUACAAAGGAAAAGAACUUCCAGAGUUGCCAAUGUGAAUCCUGAAACAAAGAGACAAUACUGUCCCUACUGGUUGACUUCAGCCUUUGCCUACAUAGGCAUCAAGGCUCUUUUGUUACAAAUCCACACCACUAAUAAAACUAAUACACUUACUGUUAUUAAGAGGUGUAGCAAGGUGGGGAAUACUUCUGUCACAAGUUACUUGAGCACCAUUAUUUAAGUAUAUAUUAUUGCAGAAAUGAUAAAACAGACUAACAAUAAACCAACAUGGUCAAAGUGAUUAUUUCAGGACAAUGGAA